UAUUUUGACAUCAACAUCAAUAGGUAACAGUCUAUAUCAAAUCAGCCAUAAAAGCAGUGUUUUUAAUGUUUCUUUUGUUAGGUUAUUGUAUUGUUCUACAUUCAAUUUUAUUCUUUGUUUUGUUUUUCAUCGGGCUAUCUAUAUUAAUUGAGUGAUUGAUCGUUUUUGCAAGGACAAAGACUUAAUUUUAAUUUAUGUGAUUAAUUAAAAAAUACUAAUAUAUAUUGACCCUCAAUAAAUUUUACAAUCUUGUUUAUGGCUAACAAAAAUUCAGACAUUUAGCCUACAGAAUGCACACAAAAUCAACGGAAAGUGCAAAAGAAAAUGGACAUUUAAGUUCAUACAAAUCUAAAAAUGAGAGUGAGUAUGCUCCUGUUAGAGAUCCACAGCAGAUAGCCGCCAGCAAGUCAAAGUUGCAAAGCUGGAUCAACAAACACAUGAAGAUAGAGAUGACCGAUGGUCGCGUCCUCAUUGGAAUGUUCCUCUGUACAGAUAGAGAUGGCAACGUCAUACUGGGCUCCUGCAGUGAAUAUCUAAAUCCUGAAGUUUGUGGGUUCUCCGAUGAGCCGAGGCUGCUGGGGUUGGUUAUGGUACCAGGGCGCCACAUUGUCACAAUACACUUUGACUACCAAACACAGGAGAAAGAUGUUACAUGAAUACCAUGUAUUUAUUGUUUCUGUUUGUAAAGCAAGGGAAUCGGAGUAAUACACGAGUUCUGUACAUUAAAAA